CUCGACUGCAUUCACGGCCAGAGAUGACGUCCACGUAAUUAACAGCAAUAUUAGUCCCGAAAUGGAGGCCCACGUGAUCAGCAAAAUGAUGGACUUUUUCGACAAAUCCACUUCGUUGGCUGAACUAAUGGUCAAGGAAUUGGAGACAAAGUACCCUGAUCAUAUUGGCUGGAUCGGACAGUAUAUAGUGAACGGAACCGCAUCCCAGCUAUAUAUGUCAAUAGAUUUCAAGUCUUAUAUUAAGCUCGAAUAUCGUGGAUAUGUGCUCGGACUAUACAUACCUAAACCAAAUGAACAAGAAACACUUAAGCAACUCCUGUUGCUAUCCGAC